AACUACCUCAGUAGUCUGGCCUAUGGGGCUGCCUUCCAUAAUGAUCUGUGGUUCGCCCUUGGAAACCAAUCCAUUAAAGAGAACAAGCCCAGGAGUGACGUGAAGUACAUCAUGGACACGUGGACGCUUCAGAUGAAUUACCCGCUCGUGACUGUCACCAAAAAUGGCGCCAAUGGCCUAAAGGCGACACAGAAACGAUACCUGAUAGACUACAACGCCGUAGAUCCGGGUACAUAUCCCUCACCGUACAAUUACCGCUGGGAAAUCCCCUUCACGUACACCACAUCUACAAGUCCUAGGUUUGACCAGACGGACGCCGAUGUUAAGUGGAUGCGUAAAGACUCGGACACAAUUUACAUUGACAACGCUGUAACCAGCAGUGACACGUGGUUCAUGGCCAAUAUGAAACAGUAUGGGUACUACCGUGUUAACUACGACUCGGAGAACUGGGCGGCACUCGUAAACCAACUCAAAACCGACCCUCGGGUGAUUGACCCGGUCAACAGAGCACAGAUUAUCAACGACGCAUGGAACCUAGCAAAAUCGGGCGACCUACCCAUAGAGACGGCCCUCAGUACGGUGGAGUACCUAGACAUGGAACCGGAGUAUAUAGUGUGGGAAUCGGCCGUCGGGGAGCUGGGAUACGUGAAGUCGAUGUUGGAGAGGACAGAGUUAUACGGCUCAUUUAGUAAAUUUAUGGAAAAUAAAGUACGAGAUCCUUUUACGAGAACAACAUUAAAUAAUACAGGUGCCUCCCACUUGGAAUCAUAUUUCCGGGCGACGCUGGCUUCCCAAGCAUGCGGUUACGGUAUCGACCAGUGUGUCACCGAAUCUAGACAGUUGUUCGCUUCAUGGUUACAACAUCCGGACGCACCAAACCCUAUCGAUGCCUCACUGAGGGGGACAGUGUACUGUACGGCCAUCGCUCACGGCGGGGUGGAGGAGUGGGACUUCGCCUAUCGUAUGUUCAAGGCCUCCAAUGUGGCAGGGGAACAGUCCCGACUCAUGGGCGCUCUAGCAUGUAGCAAGGAGACGUGGGUCCUUAGCAGAUAUUUAGUAUACGCCAUAUCGCCCGACAAAAUCCGGAAACAGGAUACCACUAGUGUUAUCUCUUAUAUAUCUAAUAACCCCAUCGGGAGGGCUCUCGCCUGGGAUUUCGUCCGGGGAAAUUGGGAUUUCCUAAUGAACGAGUAUGGAGGAGGCUCAUUUUUCUUCAGUAACCUUGUAUCUGGUCUAAGUAGAAAAUUCAACACUGUUUUUGAAAUUGAGCAGCUCAAUAACUUCCUGGAGAAGAAUCCUGAUAUGGGGUCAGGCACGCGAGCCUUCAAUCAGGCCAUCGAGAAAACCGCCAGCAACGUCAAAUGGAUGAGCGAGAACUACGGCAAAGUCCAGGCAUGGCUACGAAGUCAAGGCUACUGAACCGAAAGGUCAGGCAGUCAAGCUGGAGACGGUCAAAUGAGGAAGCAGCGAGUACCAUAUUGAAAGCCUAGACAACGAACUACGGGUUCAUUGAAAUCACAGGAAAUCUUGGACCUGCAUCAGUCCCGUGGUCUAAUAUUAUGCUAUACCUUUUAUAAGCUUCACUAGUGUGAACUGGUAUAAUGAAGUGGUAAAAGGUAGAGUUAAAUAGUAUAACAAUGGGACUUGUGCGCAUCUAGGAAAAAGCAAUGUAACGCUAUUGGCUGGUAGGAUGAGAUGUAGAAUAAGGCUAGCCAGUGUAGGGAUCACAUGGUACUUGGGCUUGUUACCAGUUGUAUCUAAAUCAGUGGAACAAGUGAAACAAAUGAAAAGUUGAAGUCCCGUUCAGUAACUCUAACGGUAUUUUACAAUAACGGUAUUUUACAAUAACGAUGAUGUACAAUAACGGUGAUGUACAAUAACGGUAUUUUACAAUACCGGUGAUGUACAAUAACGGUAUUUUACAAUACCGGUGAUGUGCAAUAACGGUGAUGUACAAUAACGAUGAUGUACAAUAACGGAUUUUACAAUAACGAUGAUGUACAAUAACGAUGAUGUACAAUAACGGUGAUGUACAAUAACGGUAUUUUACAAUACCGGUGAUGUACAAUAACGAUGAUGUUCAAUAACGGUGAUGUACAAUAACGGUAUUUUAUAAUAACGAUGAUGUACAAUAACGGUGAUGUACAAUAAAGGUGAUGUUCAAUAACGAUGAUGUACAAUAACGGUAUUUUACAAUAACAUAGAUGUACAAUAACGAUGAUGU